AUGGCCGCCCAAGAUACCCCAGAGACCAAAAGCAAGAGGGCUCAAGAGAUAGCUCGACAGUGGCUAACUAAGGGAGGCAUAUUCCACGAAGACUCUGAUGACGAGCUAGGGUCUGAGGACCUUCCCUGGGAAUGGAUCUAUGAGGAACCGCAGCCGUCCCCGACUAAGAAGGGCAAAAAAUCGGGGCCUAAGAUCAUAGGCGCGCGAAUGGGCUCAUUCGAGUGCAGAAUAGGCCACAUUGUCCUUCUGAAAUCUCCUGAGGCUGGCAAAGACUGGGCUGGAAUUAUAUAUGAGUUCUUGGAUGACCCAGAUCCGGACAGCGGCGAGAUUGUCAAAUCUAUGAAUCUAAUGUGGUUUACAUCUCCUGACGAGUUUUUGUCCACAAAAAACAAGAAAAGAGCCGAUGCCUUGCCAAAUGAACAAUACAUCACAACGGACUUCAACAUCAACCCCCUAAUGUCUAUAAACGGAAGAGCCACCGUUAUGUCCAAAGAUGCAUUUUACAAGAAAUACCCCGACGGAAAACCACCAAAGGGCAAGGCCGCAGCAGCUGAAUUUAACAAGUGCAUUGUCUGUCGAAGAGGAGUUAAACAGCUUCAGGGAAGGUACACAGACGAAUUUAUCUGGGAGGAUAUUUAUACGGAAUCUGAAGAUGGUGUCUUUGAACUUGUAGAGUUCAUAAGGGAGGCGCUCUCUAGAGCCAGAAAAAGAGCCCAAAAGGGAACUGGUCCAGCAAAAGAUAAGCCAGACGCUUACGCCCCGUCAACACCGAGGAAGCGUCAAAAAACGGAAUCUGCAGCCGGCACUCCCCAGUCCCGGCAACGUCAGAAAUACCUAACAACCCCGACGCACAAGAGUAUCCCAGCGUCACUCCCCUGUCGUGAUGCUGAAUUUAACUCUGUUUACGACAGCCUCCAUACGGCUAUCAGUGACGGUACUGGAACCUGUAUUUAUAUAUCAGGUCCACCUGGGACCGGGAAAACAGCCACAGUCCGAGAUGUUAUUGCCCAUCUAAACACAAGAGUGUUGGAUGAAGAAAUGGACGACUUCAUCUUUGUGGAAAUUAAUGGCAUGAAAGUCACGGACCCCCAUCAGUCAUAUUCUAUGCUAUGGGAAGCUUUGAAAGGCGACCGCAUCUCCCCUUCCCAUGCACUUGAUUUACUUUCUCGAGAAUUUUCCCGACCAUCUCCUCGUCGAGUUCCCUGUGUUGUUUUGAUGGAUGAACUAGAUCAGCUGGUUACUAAGAACCAGUCCGUCAUGUAUAACUUCUUCAAUUGGCCUGCCCUGCGGCAUUCUCGACUUGUGGUUCUUGCAGUUGCCAAUACCAUGGAUCUUCCGGAGCGAACUCUGAGCAAUAAGAUAUCCAGUCGACUGGGUCUUACUAGAAUUACAUUUUCGGGAUACAAAUAUCAAGAGCUCAUGGAAAUCAUCGGGUCAAGGCUUGAGAAUGUCCCUGGGAAUAUUGUCGAUGCAGAUGCAAUACAAUUUGCAAGUCGAAAAGUUGCUGCUGUAAGCGGUGAUGCCCGUCGUGCGCUUGAUAUAUGUCGUCGAGCGGUUGAGAUAGCGGAGCAAAUCAGUGAGGCCAAAGCAACAGAAAAACAUUUGAUUGCUUCUUCAGCAAACACAAACGGCGAUGUGGAUCUUGAGUUUUUGCCUCCAACACCUAGCAAGAGCGUAUCUCGACGCAAAGCCGCUACUGCUAUCUUGAGCUCUCCUCGAAAGGGAGACAAAAGCACAGAUGGUGCGGAUGAAGAUAGCCUUCCACGAGUUACCAUUGCUACCAUUAAGCAAGCUAUUCAGGAGGCUACAUCCACCCCUCUCCAGCAGGCUCUCCGAUCCCUGCCCCUCGCAUCCAAGGUUCUUCUUGCGGGACUUUUGGCAAGAAUUCGACGAACCGGAAUAAACGAGUCUACUGUUGGUGAUAUACUCGAUGAAGCCAAGCGUCUAUCUGACGCAGCAACGAGUGUGUCCUCUUCCUCCAGUACUAAACUCAAGGAAAUUUUGAUGUGCAGUUCCCAGAUACAUGGUAUGGGGUUCGCAACCGUUGAUUUAAUAGAUGCUGGUCUUGUUGUUUUAGAGGGGGACCAUGGUAUAAAGUCAGGCGAUGGCAUGAGCCAUGCCUUAGGAAAGGGAAAUAGAAAUAGUAAAGUUCGGCUACGGAUUGCGGCGGAGGAUGCCAGGGCAGCGUUUAGAGACGAUCCGGAAGGGAAUAUGUUAGGCUUAGGUGUUGAAGGAUAG